GAGUCAUCGAGAUUUUGAAGUUCCAAUAUGGCGACCAGCUGUUGUGGAGUGAAAAAACAAAAACUAAACAAUUCAAUGCCCGCAUCUAUAUGUUGCAAUGGAUCCUCAGUUCAUCCGAAUGGUUAUAAGAACGGUUAUUCCGUAGCAUGUAUAGAUAUGUGUAUUUUUUGUUUUGAUGUUCUUCACAGCCAUCUUUAUAGUUAUGAACCACCUAAAACCCCGUCUUUCACAAAUGAAGCCUUUCCCCUGUUUGUGACCUGGAAGAUUGGCCAUAGCCGUCGUCUGCGUGGUUGCAUUGGAACUUUCACCUCCACCAACCUUCACAGUGGCCUCAGGGAAUAUGCAGUUACUAGUGCUAUCAAAGAUAGCCGUUUCAGUCCCAUCACCAAGGAAGAAUUCACUAAACUCCACGUGGCCGUCUCCAUCCUGACCAACUUUGAGGACGCUCGAGAUUACAUGGACUGGGAGGUGGGUGUCCAUGGCAUCAGAAUAGAAUUCCUGAAUGAGAAAGGCCACAGAAAAACAGCUACUUAUCUGCCUGAGGUUGCCAUAGAACAGGGAUGGGACAUUCUGCAGACUAUAGAUUCUCUACUGAGGAAAGGUGGAUUUAAGGGACCAAUUGAUCAUGACGUGAGGCGGUCUCUAAAACUGACUCGUUACCGUAGUGAAAAAUUAACACUAGGAUAUAACGACUAUGUGGCCAAUAAGCAGAAUGGUCAUGCAUGAUGCUGGUGAAUUGUAGGAUUCUGGCAGCACCACAUCUUCAUCAGAAUAAAAGGAGUGCAGUCCACAUUGUCAGAAGCAUACAUGUCAGCAUGUCUAGAACAAAAGUUCAAAGUUUCUGGUACGAGAGUUUUAAGUCAAAUGAAUAGAAUUUUAUGAGUACUAUCUGUAUUUCCCGUGUUAGGAAUUGGAUUUUAUCAGAGUUUGCAGUGUAUUUCAUCUCGUAGUACAGAAAGACCAAUCCCAAGGUGAAUUAGAGUCUCACACAAUAUGUUGUUGGAGUACAUUCUCUGUAUUUUUCAGACUGUCACAUGAAAAUAUUUUAUUGUAGAUAAUAGCAAGUUUAUGCAUCGAUUGCCUAAAAGGUACAGAAUUGUCUAUAACACUUUUAUCUAAUUUGUAGUAAGAUUCAUAUUUGUAAAUCAUUUGUUUGUAAUCCCAGGAAAGGAAAAUUACACUCACCUUUGACUGCAUGCUUGAUAAUAUUGAUGGGUAGAUGGGUAUCCUAUACUCUUUUUUUAUAUAUAUAGAAUUGAGAAAAAUGUAUUUUAAACAUGAUUUGCAAAGUCCUUUUCAGGUACAAAUAGAAUGAUUGUUGCUCUGAAUAUUUUUAACUCCUUGGAUACCCUCUAGUCAAUAGUCCUGAAUCCUUGUUAGUAUUGUGUUUGGACAAUAUACAUUUAUCUGUGUUCCACUUGUACACUCUCUUGCUUUGAAAAGAUGAAAUAACUAGAGAGAUUAGUGUGAUUUGAUGUGUAUGAGAUUUAGGGAGGAAUAAUGCACUUCACAUUUUUUUUUAAAAUAAAAGCACAACAUAGAUGCAAAAACAAAAUCAGAAAUAUGUCCCUUUUUCCUUUGAAAUUCAUCACCUGUUUGGUUCACUAUGUGGAUAAAGAUAUUAGUAUGAGGAUUUGGGGAUCCUGGAAUUGUGCAGUGGUGUAGGUUUUUUGGGGGUUUUUUUGUACUCUUGGGUUUACACUGAUAUUUGAUAACUAUGCUAGAGGAGGCAGAAUUUACACCACAACUUCAUCACACAUAAUCCUGUAAAUUUCAUUCAUGGCAAUUUUGAUAGGUGUGCUACACCUCGUAAGUUCACAAACCUAUCUGUGUAACAGGAUUGCUACCAGUCAAUAAAAAAAAAACUAAGCAGGUGUGCUACACCUCUUUAAGUUCACAAACCUAUCUGUGUAACAGGAUUGCUACCAGUCAAUAAAAAAAAAAACUAAGCACAUGUAAUAUACAGUGGGGAAACUUAUGUGUGGUGGCAAUAGUUUGUUGUUCAAUAUGCCAGAAUGAAUUUUUUCAUGUAAGUAUACGCAGUGUACAAGUUCAUUUGUAUCACACAAUUAAGUGAAAUUACCAAUGUAUCCUGACAUCAAGCUCAUGUCUCUAAUCUGUGACCGAUGAAUUCAUGCAUUUUGAAUUCCAAAUAAUUUUCAGCUCUAUAUACCAGAAUUUCAUAGUAUAUGGUUAGUUUUCAAUUUUUAAUCAGAGUGUGUCUCAAAAGCAAUACGAAUUAAGCAUGUGCAGUACCAUGUCUGAAUAAUGAAGCCCCAAUUUUGUAUUUUGCAUUGCAAUCUGUGCUUAUAAAUUGUUUGCAAGGUUAAAUUAAAACAGGGUAACAAUUUUUAAUAGUGAAAUUUAGAAAAUGAAGGGGAAUUUAUGUUCUGCUCAAAGGCCUACCUGCAUCCCGUCAUUGUGGAGUGGGGAUACUAUAGAUUACCAUAGAAACUAUAAAUUGUAGGGUAUUGCUCCUUUUCAUUAUGUAUAGGAUAAAAAAUGGAUGAGGAAUAUAUUUGAAAUACUACUAGCAUGUAACAUGAGUGACAAAAUUUCUGUUUCAAAAUAAUUUAUAGGACAAUACCAAAUGUUACGGAGAUUUGAUUUAUUGUGCAGGAAAAUUAUCAUCAGUUCUGAAAGGUAUAAUAUUUUGUUGUGUUGAUUUUUAGAUAUUCCUUUAAAAAAAAAAAAAAAUAAAGAACCUGUUAGUGAGUUGUUGUGAAUUUUUUCAUCUGUACUCCUAGGUACAGUGUUUUGUUGAAGUAAAAUUCUGAAAUAUUAACGAUUAAUUGCCGGAAAUAUUAACGAUUAAUUGCAGUUUGUUAUUCUGAUUUUACUUUUUUACAGUUUUGAAUCUCAGUUUUGUUUUAGUUAGGACAUUUUAAAAAAUUAUUUUUGAAGAUACCUUUAUGAUAAUAGUGUCUAAAAUAUGAAUAUGUUUGCUGGAUGUGACUAUGUCAAUAUGUUUUAGAUAUGGGUGUAUUUUUUAAUUAGUGUGAAACUGAUAAUUAAUGAAACUACUAGUAAUGGGAAAUAUCUGUCCAUUUUAAAUCUGUCUGCUGUUGCUUUGAUGGUCAUGUGACAUUCAAGCCUGUGACUUGUACCUUUCAUUUUAAAAUCAAAUUCAAAGCAUUAUAUAAAAUGGCAAAUAAUGAAAGGAUGAAAAACUUCCCCGUGUACAAAACAUUACCAUCAGUUGGUUGUGUCAAAUGUCAUAGACAUCACAUAAGGCAUAUGAUCAAAAGUAUAACUACUCAAUUAGCCAUCUGCGUCAGGUUCCUUCUUUAAUUUACAACUGAAAUGUUACAUUUUUAUUUGUUCAUUAACAACUGAAAAAAUAUGUUGAAGAAAACAAUGAAAAUUUGAAACAGUGGUUACAGAAUUUUUUUUUUUUAGAAGCACUGGAUAGAUGAAAUGCAUUCUUUGAAUAAUCUAUGUUUUGGACAGACUAUUCUUCUUGCACUUGAAAUUGGAGUUGCAUUCUUAAUUUUAAAUCAGCACGUCAGUGUUUACACUGAUGAGGUGCCUCUAUGUAACCUUGACCCAGAAUAGCUAUUUUGAUGAAAAUGGGUGUGGCCUACCAUUACACCUCAGGGAUCAAAUUUUUUAUGUCAAGAUUUCAUGUUUUUAUUGUAACUCAUCAAAUUUUGAUUAUUACACUAGAAUUAAUGUUGUGAUAGUAAGGACACAGAAUAUGUCUGUAAAGGGAUCACUGUGUGUUUUUUUAAUGAGUUUUUUCCUGUGUAAACAACUCUUAGAAUAACACAUCUUAUUUGAUGAAGCUCUCCAUGGUAGAAACUAGUAUUUUAACUUUUUUUAAUUGAAGUAUCUUGCAUCUCCAUUUUUUUUUUAAUCUUUAGGAAAUUUAAUCUACAUGCAAGAUUUCAAACAUAUGCAUUCACAAACUCCUCCUCACUUAGUGCAGUAAUGGCUUGUGUGAGUGAUUUUUUUGUUGUUGACUGCUUCUCUGAGGUUUUGAUUGAACACUUUAAGACCUUCCACAAAUGAAACCAAACUUCUGACAUGGAGCUCUUUUUCUUUCAAUUCAGUAUUUCAGUCAUAAUUAAUAAGAAAGGACUCAAGCUAUAAUAGUAGCAAACCAAUAAACAAGUACAGGUAUUUGGCAAAGCAAUACAAUUUUUUUUAUGCAUUAUCAAUUAUAUGAUUAAGUCAGCUUGUAUAGUUUUUAACCUUGGUGUGUUCAUGUGUGUAAUUUUAUUCCUUCUUUCAUAUGAGCUUAGUCAUGUGAUCCCUUUGACAAAAUUGUAUAAAUGCAAGUAACGUGUGUGUAAUUACACAUCACACUGAACAGAGAAAAGAGAGAAUUUCAACAUGAAAUGAUUCCAUCCAACCUGUUGCACAUAUUUAAAAAAUAUGGGUACGUCAUAUAUUAUUAUAAAUGAUAUUUAAGGCGGUGAUAUGCAUUACAAGUCUAAGGUAAGCAUAUCCGAAGCUCAUGAUUUUAUAUUUUUUAAUUGUAUUAUCGAUUAUAUGUAUAUUGUACCGUGUAGUCAUCAUUCAGUAAAUUCAAUAAUACAAA